UGGAAGUGCGUUAGACUGAUUGCGCCGCAAAUUACUUUCUAGGUAAGUGUGGCACGAGGUGAGGAAUGAAUGUGAAUAAAUCAGCCUGAUUUGGUUAUUACGAAGAGAAACGAAGACAAAACAUUUUUUUUUCAAGAUCACAAUGACAACUUUAGAGCAACAAGCUUCCAAACUUUUGGAUUUUAACCAAAAGCUAGACAUUACCUUGCUGGACAAUAUCGUGGGAUGCCUCUACUCGACGGUAGGAGAGCAGCAGCGCAUCGCGCAGGACAUUCUGACCACACUUAAGGAACACCCUGAUGCCUGGACUCGUGUCGAUACAAUACUGGAGUUCUCACAGAAUCAGGAAACAAAAUACUAUGCUUUACAAAUAUUAGAACAAGUGAUACAGACAAGAUGGAAAGUUCUCCCGAGAAACCAAUGUGAAGGAAUAAAAAAGUACAUUGUGGGUCUCAUCAUAAAGAACUCAUCAGAUCCUAUCACUAUGGAGAGCAACAAAGUGUUUCUAAAGAAGCUCAAUUUGAUUCUGAUUCAAGUUUUAAAAAGAGAAUGGCCUCACAACUGGGAAACAUUUAUUAGUGAUAUUGUGGGUGCCUCGAAAACCAACGAAAGCCUUUGCCAAAACAACAUGGUAAUCCUCAAGCUCCUUAGUGAGGAAGUUUUUGUGUUCAGUACUGGCCAGCUCACUCAGACUAAAACCAAACAUCUGAAAGAUACCAUGUGUUCUGAAUUUAGCCAAAUAUUCCAGCUCUGUCAAUUUGUACUUGAGAAUUCCCAAAAUGCCCCACUCGUGGAAGCCACGCUUCACACACUGUUAAGAUUUUUGAAUUGGAUCCCAUUAGGUUAUAUUUUUGAGAUGAAACUCAUAAGCACACUUAUAUUUAAAUUCCUCAGUGUACCGCUGUUCAGAAAUGUGACUCUGAGUUGCUUGACUGAGAUCGCAGGUGUGACUGUUAGCAAUUAUGAAGAUCAGUUUGUUGCCCUGUUAGUGCAGACAAUGGAGCAGCUGGAGGUGAUGCUGCCUCUCACUACUAACAUCCGAGAUGCAUAUGCUGCUGGACGUGACCAAGAACAAGUAUUCAUCCAGAACCUUGCUCUGUUCCUCUGUACCUACUUGAAGGAGCAUUGUCAGCUUAUUGAAAGACGAGGGUUGACUAACACUUUGAUGAAUGCCUUGCGCUAUCUUGUAUUGAUUUCAGAAGUGGAAGAAGUAGAAAUUUUCAAAAUCUGUCUGGAGUUUUGGAAUUCUUUAGCUGCUGAUUUGUACAAAAUUGCCCCCUGCUCCCAAUCAUCAAAUCUGGUCCUGGGCAAAAGUAUGGGCAGGAAAGCCCUCUAUGCUGAUGUACUGAGCAGCGUGCGCUACAUCAUGAUUUCCAGGAUGGCUAAGCCAGAGGAGGUCCUAGUGGUUGAGAAUGAAAAUGGUGAAGUAGUGAGGGAGUUUAUGAAGGAUACAGAUUCCAUUAAUUUGUAUAAAAAUAUGAGAGAAACAUUAGUGUACCUUACCCAUUUGGAUUACCAAGAUACAGAACGAAUCAUGACUGAGAAGUUACAAGCUCAGGUGCAUGGCACUGAGUGGUCUUGGAAGAACCUGAAUACGUUGUGCUGGGCUAUUGGCUCCACAUCUGGUGCAAUGAUGGAAGAAGAUGAGAAGCGAUUUUUGGUAGUGGUGAUUAAAGAAUUAUUGGGUUUGUGUGAGCAAAAAGGCAAGGACAAUAAGGCUAUAAUUGCUAGCAACAUCAUGUAUGUUGUGGGACAAUACCCGCGCUUCCUCAGGGCUCACUGGAAGUUCUUGAAAACUGUUGUAAAUAAACUUUUUGAAUUCAUGCAUGAAACUCACGAUGGCGUACAGGAUAUGGCUUGUGACACAUUUAUUAAAAUUGCGUUGAAAUGUCGUCGCCACUUUGUGACCACACAGGUUGGGGAGGCUUGCCCAUUUAUUGAGGAGAUUUUGAGCACAAUCAGUUCCAUUAUCUGUGACUUGCAAACACUUCAAGUUCACACAUUUUAUGAGGCUGUUGGAUACAUGAUUAGCGCACAAGUGGACCAAGUUGCUCAGGAGCAAUUGAUUGAGAAGUACAUGUGUUUACCCAACCAGGUGUGGGAUGAUAUAAUUUCCCAGGCAUCCCAUAAUGUAGAUAUUUUGAAAGAUCCAGAGGCUGUCAAACAGUUGGUCAGCAUCCUUAAAACGAACGUGCGCGCAUGUCGCGCGCUCGGGCAUCCAUACGUCGUGCAACUCGGCCGAAUAUAUCUCGACAUGCUGAAUGUCUACAAAGUAAUGUCAGAAAACAUAAGUCAGGCUAUUGCGCUAAACGGGGUCGCCGUCACGAAGCAGCCGCUUAUUAAAAACAUGAGAAUUAUCAAAAAGGAAACAUUGAAGCUCAUCUCCGGCUGGGUCUCGCGCUCCACGGACAAUAGCAUGGUGUUGGAGAACUUCAUUCCGCCCCUCCUAGACGCCGUCCUAUUGGACUACCAGAGGACCGCAGUUCCCGACGCGAGAGAACCCGAAGUAUUAUCGUGCAUGGCUGCCAUAGUGUACAAGCUGGGAGGCCACAUCACAUCGGAGGUUCCCAAAAUAUUCGACGCAGUUUUCGAAUGCACCUUGGAGAUGAUAAACAAGGAUUUCGAAGAGUACCCGGACCACCGGACCGAGUUCUUUCUGCUGCUACAGGCCGUGAACACGAACUGUUUCAAGGCAUUCCUGAGCAUACCGCCGGCGCAGUUCAAGCUGGUGCUGGACUCGAUAAUCUGGGCGUUCAAGCACACGAUGCGGAACGUGGCCGACACGGGGCUGCAGAUCCUGCACCGGCUGCUGCAGAACGUGGAGCAGCACCCGCAGGCGGCGCAGAGCUUCUACCAGACGUACCUGUGCGACAUCCUGGAGCACGUGUUCAGCGUGGUGACGGACACGUCGCACGGCGCGGGGCUCACCAUGCACGCCACCAUCCUCGCCUACAUCUUCUCGCUCGUGGAGGCGGGCCGCGUCACCGUGCCGCUCGGCCCAACGCCCGACAACGUGCUCUACAUACAGGACUAUGUGGCGAACCUUCUGAAAACUGCAUUUUCUCAUUUGACGGACAAUCAAAUAAAAAUCACCGUGCAAGGACUGUUCAACCUGAACCAAGAUAUUCCAGCCUUCAAGGACCACUUGAGAGACUUCUUAGUUCAGAUAAGAGAGUACACGGGCGAGGACGACAGCGACCUGUACCUGGAGGAGCGGCUGUUCGCGCUGCGGCAGGCGCAGGAGGAGAAGCGGCGCGUGCAGCUCUCCGUGCCCGGCAUGCUCAACCCGCACGAGCUGCCUGAGGAGAUGCAGGACUAGGCCUCCACACACCACACACCACACACACGCACAGCGCACGGGGCGAGUGUGAGUAGCGAUGGCCGAAUUUAACCUGGACCGUUUAUUGGCACGCGAAACGUUAAAAUUUAGGCCGACUACUAUUUCAUUCGUGAUUAGACCUAAUCAGGAACAUUAAGAGCCCUGUAGGAAAGAGACGAGUCGUGAAAUGUAUGAGAUCCAUAACAUUAUACCACUGUUCUAUUUCGGUUCGGAUUCUAACAAUAAAGGGUAUCGCAAACAGAUCUGAAAAUCGGAAGCGAAUAGUCUAUAGCUCUCUCUUUUUUUCUACGGUCACUACAACGGGCACGUAAAUCUGUCAGAUUAAAAUAUACAUUUUAAAUCUAUUCUAAUGUUGCAACAAGUUUCCGUUCGAAUUGACAAGGCCCAAGGUGAACCCCAAUAUCGAAAAAUUGAAAAUCUUUUUCUAUGCUUCACACGCUCUUGCAUACUACAGCAAUCUGAGCAAUAAAGAGACAGAUAUGUAUCAAUUUUCCAUAUGACGCACAGUGACAACACAAUUUGAGACAAUAUAGACAUUGCUUUGAAUUUCUCCUGUAUCUGUGAAGACCCUAUGACAGGUUUCGCGUCAUCUACACGUACGUUUAAUGACAUAAUAAAUAUGAAUAAUAUAAUGAUGUUGAUGGCCGGUCGCUGCUCACUUUAUCGUCGCUGAUCAGCUGCCCUAAUCUUAUUGACUUCCAGAUACUAAAAUUACAUAGUGCUGCUUAUUUAUGAUCUUAAAUUUGUUGAUACACCGAAUUAACUACGGAUUUUCAUGGUAAUUUAUUACAUUUACUAACUUAUUCGUUUUAGGGGUAUAUUUGUAGUUUUAAUUGGUGAUAAAAUUCUUUAGCUCUCAAAGUGACUUGUGAGCCGUUUCUGUCAAGAUUUAGUUAAUAGAUUUUUUAUCUUAUAUUUUUAUACCCGAGUACUGCUUUGCUAACUUUGGCCUUAUAGCUGUCUCAUAUCAAACUGUUAUUAUAGUAUCUGGAAGCUUAAGCUAUAAACUGUGACGAGAGAGACGACUUGUCUGACUGAGGAAUCGACAAUAUCCUCGAUUACUCUUAGGAGUCUCUUAAGGCUGCCCGUUAGGAUAAACUCCUAGCUACGCUGAAGACUAGUAACAGUUCACUAAAAUACGCUACAACCACUCGACAAUUUGACAAAUCGAGUUUUCACAGUUAAGUGGCUAAGUUGAAUAACGGUUGGGGGGAGAUUUAAAAUCGAUACAUAUUUUUUCUCUACUUUGACUUAAACAGUAACUAUUAAUUUUGCAUCAAAUCUAAAUAAAAAACUUUGACUUCAAAUAUACACCAUGUGGUCAAGAAACCUAUGAUUGAAAUUGGACUAAAUACAUGAGUUCAUGUCUGUGUAAUCAAUUUACAUUAUUGAACCAUCAUUGCAGUUGGAAAUCCAUUAAAACAUCGGCUUUAACAAAAAAUGGUUUAAAAACCAAAGUCCAAAUUAUUUGUGUACCCAGAUCAGUGUGGUUUCGUAUUAGUGUAAGGGCGCUGUGACGUAAUAUAAUAUAGAUCAGGAUUUUAUACGGCUUAUCUAAUAGUAUUUUUAUAUUUUUGGACACGAUGUUAACAACCGUUAUUAUAGCAAUACAACUCUGUUAUUCUCUAAGGCAUUGAGGGCUUGUCUGUGCUCCAUAGCUAGAGAAUAAAACUUAUCCGGUAUGACGGAAUUCAGAUCAGAAGGCCAAUAAGUACAUUUAGACGCAUGACAUGAAGUCCACCACCAUCGAUUAAACGCAUGUGAACGAAGGUGUUUGCUUGGCUUGCGUGGGUUUACCAGAGCCUGUCGCACAUCUGGGAUAGCAACUGUUUUUGAACAGAUCAAAGAACAUUUGUUUUCUUGUCCGAAUACAGUAACACAUGCAGCACGGGAAGCUUGGUCGCGCGAUAGACGAUAAAAUAUCAGGCCGUCCCUAUCGCACUUACAAAUAGUGCGAUAGGGACGGCCAGCUAUUUAUCGUCUAUCGCGCGACCAUGCUUCCCGUGCAGGUGUGUAAAUGGCAUUCAAGCGUUCCGUUACGUCUAUGGUUAAGCAUUACAUAUAGGUUUAGAAGCUAAUAUGUCUAUUUCAACCACCUGCUCCAUGGAUGGAUGUUGCGCUGGAGCAUACCUAAUCUACAAUUGCCUUUCAUAUUGAAUAACUACUGUGACUCGUCACUAAAGCUAUUAUGUUUUGAGGCUGGUCAAGUUUAUUAUGCGUUAAGUUUAUUAUGUUUGCUAUAAAGAAUAACAGAGUAUACAGCUAGUACUUAGUGGUCCACGAUUUAACGGGAGUCACGUCACGUGCAUUGUAGGUGAGCCUAGUUUACGCUUUUCAACUAUUGUUUGUAGCAUUUAAUACUUAUUAAGGAUCACGUAAUUUCAAUAGAGUUAGUCCCAAUAACUACUAUUUACUAUUUGCGCGUUUAGUGUGCGUUUUGAGCAGUUCAUAAAAAAAUAUGUGCAUUUUAAAACUGUCUCUUGUGAGAUUUCUAAUUUUGUACGUGUCGUCUAGUUUGAUUCUGAGCUAAGAUGAUAAGUGACAGUAAUGUACUUGCGUUAUUUAGCCAGAAUAACCUCUUAAGCUACGCUGAUAGGGGUGACUUCUCCGAGUCGUGUGUAUCACGAGAUGUGAUAAAGAUUAACAGCAUGCCACUUGGAUGGAAAGUCACUUGUAUAAGUCUAGCUACAAUAUUUCGAAUGUAAAUGAGAAACGACUUACUAUGAACAUAUUUGAAUAAGCUGCCAAUGUCAUGGUCAUGGUCCACGGUUUAGUUUUAAAGUAAUUUGAUGUUAUAUUUGUAAGUUAUAAAAGGUAUACAUAAUAACGAUUGGACUUGGCUCUGCAACGAGGCAGCAAGACUAGUGGUUAAGAUAUCAGAUUUAAGUGGACUGUUAUCAUAGUUUUACGUGGAUGCAAAUCUUGUGCCUAUAAAAUAUUACCUUAUUCUGCCAGAUUGUACAGAGACCGUAUGGAACAUGUAAGGUGAUGAAUGCUAGGAAGGUUGGAUCACAAACCACUCCGAUAAGGGCAUAUUUUGCUGGCACAAGUCGUAGGUGGGCCUUAUUUAAGCAAGCAUUAAAUCAUGCAUCAAUUUACAUUGCUAGAUGAGAUAGAAUAUUUCUAUGUUUUUAAGUAAUCUUCAAAUGUAAUGAAAUCUCUGUGAUGGAACCAGUGUCGGAUGUUCAACAUGUGCGCUACUAAAGCUGAGUAUUAAUUCGUAGAUCCUAGGUAAAACUUUAUGAAGUGAAUUGCUGUUAGUAACAUUUUUUAUGUUUUGUUUAAUGUUGUCUCAACUAAUUUCAUGAUGGUUUGGGAAUCUGAACACUCAGGGUAGUAUCCAAACGCAUUUUGGGCCCGAUUAACUGUCAGUCUUUCAUUUUGUGUUUGAAAUAAACAAAUAAAUAUUAAGUGA